AUGACUGAAAUAGAAAUAGACGCAGUGUAUCCGAAGCGGUCGGCGUAUCCUAUGUUAGUGAAUUUUCAAAAUGGAUAUGUUACAGAUGGAUUUCGUGACAUUGAAUGUUCGCUUUAUAAUAAUGAUGAUAACUCAAAAAAGACAUUAGUCUCGCUACUCGACGAUAUUGUUUAUACGGGGGAAGAAGAAGAUGAGCCCAUAGGAAGAACGUUAUUAGUAGCACGAGAUAGAAAUACCGGUAAAGUACGGAUUAUAGAACCAGGGUAUGUGGAGUUGAAACCAGUCAUUAAAAAUGAUUUAAACUCAUCUCAAUUAUUGGAGACAAGUGGUCUAGAGUUGAGUAGGAAGUUUGGUUCAAAGAAGCAGAAAAAGAAAAUGGAACAGCGUGAAAAAUUGAAAAUGAAUGUUGAAACUGUUGCAAAACAAGUUGAAAAAACCACAGCAAAUAUAAGUGUCGAUCAACUUGAUUUGUCAGCAUAUAACAAUGCAUCAGUUGGAGAUGAUUUCUAUAUACCACCAAUAAAUCGUGAAGCAUCCUGUGUUGAAGAUAUAUACAGUAUUGAGAAAAUCAUCAGCAAUGAUAUAAUGGAAGCUAUAGAAUCAGAAAUAGAGGGAAAGGAUUUAAGUGAAGAUAUUCAUCCAUCAAUACAAAGUAUAAUAGACAAGAAUCCGAAGAAAACACUACAGACUGUCUUUGGCUUAUAUGCCAGCUGUCUAGCCAAAUAUUACACAACAGUGAUGAGAGAUUUAAAUUGUGCAACGAAACCAGCAAUAAUUAACUGGGAACACGUAGUAGUAAUUAGUUUUAAGAUCGGGCGUGAAGUGUGUUCGACACAUGCUGUGAGUUCCAGAAAUGCAACACCGAUUACCUCAUAA